AUGUUCGACAGUCAGCCACCCGAGAAUUAUUUCCGGGAUAUCAACAACGAGGACGACAACAAGGCCAUUGCGAAACGAUACAAGCGUCAUCAGGCCAAAAACAGGAACCAGUUUUCGCCCACGAAAGUCGCCGAGGAUCGAGAGCUUUCUACAAGCCUGUUGCCUUCACCUAUCCCCAAACCCAGGUCAUUCAAAUGGGUUACCGAGACUCACCACGUCCCCGCCGAGUUCCAGACCAAGAAACUGCGUGGAAAGGCACCCUGGUAUCUUCACCUGCGGUUCCUGAUGACCAACCUGCCUGAGCAACUGAGCGAAGACAGUAGCGGGGUGAAGAGCUGGAGGGACCGCGCUGUCAAAGGGGGCAAGGUGUUCAGACGAUAUUCCCUUGGCUCUAAUCUGAUCUGGGGCAGACGGUGUGUCUUCUCGGAGCGGGAGAUCGGAUAUCCUUACUGGCUCACUGGCAACUGGCUAGUAGUCGCGUACCUCUGGGGUACAAGCAAGGCGUGGGUGCAGCAAGCCGACAUCAGGGAUCUUGUGUCGUUUGACAGCACUUAUCGGAUCCGCGUUUAUGAGCAUCAGUACUACCCAUUUGAUAAUGCGGCAGGCUGGGCCCGCCACUACGAGAUCGAACGCAAAGCAGAGGGCAUCUACCACAGGCUAUUCCACUACCAACCGCGCCCCGGUGUGGUGCCACCUCCGGUUCUUCCUGGAACGACUACCCCGUACGGACACUCGAUACUCGGCGACCUCCUGAACCGCAAGGUAAAAGGCUUGGUACUAGCAAGUGGUGAGAAAGACAAGGGGCGUGAACCAUCGCCCGCGACGAACGUGGUCAUAUACGCUCCGGGAGAAACACCGACAGCCCCUAAGCACGGAUGGCGCGAGAUGCCUUGCAUGUUCUAA